AUGGCUCCCCGCUUCCAGGACAAGCAGCCGCUCAAGACCCUCGCCAAGGCUACCAAGUCGUGUGCAAAGGAGUCUCUCGCAUACGGCCAGUGCAUUGGCAAGCAAUAUCAGGACGUUCGGAAAGACAUGUGUGCUCCCGAGUUUGCCCAGUUCAAAAACUGUGUCCAGAAAGCCUUCGGGCGAAAGUGGUAG